AUGGAGGGCGGCGGUGGAUGGGGUGAUCAGGCCGGGAAGGAUGUAGGAGGCGAGAGCACCAAGUACCGCGGCGUGCGACGCCGCCCGUCAGGCAAGUUCGCGGCGGAGAUCCGCGACUCCAGCCGGCAGAGCGUCCGCAAAUGGCUCGGCACCUUCGACACAGCCGAAGAGGCUGCACGGGCCUACGACCGCUCGGCCUACGCCAUGCGCGGCCACCUGGCCGUGCUCAACUUCCCCGCCGAGGCGCGCAACUACGUCCGAGGCGGGCCGUCCUCCUCCUCGUCGUCGUCCCGGCAGCCGGUGAUUGAGAUCGAGUACCUGGAUGAUGAGGUGCUGCAGGACAUGCUCAAGGAGGGGGAAGGUGGAAGGAAUAAUUAA